CGUUGUUUGCCAACCGCCAAAAACGACAAAGAAGAAGAAAAACCAGCUGCAGCAGCAGAAGAAGAAGAAAAAGAAAGAGAAGCGCUUUACUUACGUAAACCUAAGAUGGCUAAACAUCAUCCAGAUUUGAUCUUCUGUCGAAAACAAGCUGGUGUUGCUAUCGGGAGACUCUGUGAGAAAUGUGAUGGAAAGUGUGUCAUCUGUGAUUCCUACGUGAGACCGUGCACACUGGUGCGUAUUUGCGAUGAGUGUAACUACGGCUCCUAUCAGGGGCGCUGCGUCAUAUGUGGAGGGCCUGGUGUGUCUGACGCCUACUACUGCAAAGAAUGCACCAUCCAGGAGAAAGAUCGAGAUGGAUGUCCUAAGAUUGUAAACCUGGGCAGCUCCAAAACAGAUCUGUUCUAUGAACGAAAGAAGUACGGCUUCAAGAAGAGGUGAACACGACCACGACGACCCAGUGCAACGUUUAGUCUUUCAGAUUUUCUUUAAAACUCACAAAAAAACCUUUGUUUGAUUUGUCAAUAAAACUCAAUUUUAUACUUUU